AUGUCUUCAUCGAAUGCUAAGGAUGAGGCGAUGGUGAAGAUUGCAAUAAAAGAUGGAGCAUUUCUUGUCAUAGAAAAACCCAUUUCGGAGGGUACCAUGAAGUACCUUUGGCAACAUGUCCUAAGGGAACAAAUCCGAAAAGGUAAAAAAAAUAAUAAUGACCAAAUCCGAAAAGCCGAAGAUAAAGGUAAAGGUAAAGAUAAAGGUAAAUGCAAAGGCAAAGGCAAAAGCAAAGGCUCGACUAUUAUGGUAAAAUCGAGUCCAUCAAAAAGGUGCAAAGCAACGGAUCGUGGAAAACAAACGGCAAAAAACCACGUCGAGCAUCACAAUAUUAUUAGCUUCGAUGGUUCGGGCCUCAAGUCAUCUUUUAGGCCAAAACCAUCCGUGGAAUGGACUCCGGAACUUCACAAGAAGUUCCUCGAAGCAAUUGAACAGCUUGGCAAUGACAGAAGUUAUCCUAAAGAAAUUCUUGAACAUAUGAACGUUCCUGGUCUGACGAGAAUGCAAGUUGCGAGUCAUCUUCAGAAAUUCCGGCAAGAUUCAUCAAAGCAAGUGCAAGGUACCGUGGCAUCAACAAGUUCUUUGGCGCCGAAGGGGUUGGGAUUAGUCCCUCCGGUUAUUACAGAAAUUUCGGCGCCACACAGUUCAAUUGCACCAUUCCAAGGCAUGGAAUCCUUGCCCCCUUCGAGCAACAAUGUCUCGACCAACAAUGAUGUCACAAAUCUUCAGACAAUGAAUCCAGUGGUCGAAAAUAAUGAUCAAGGAAUGAAUAAGACGGCAGCUGAACCAGCUGCCCCGAUGAUCCAGCCGGCCUUAGGAGAUGCCUUUGACCCCGGUCUUGCCGCCAAUUUUGAUGAUUUUAUACCUUUCGGCUAUGACUAUGGAAGCCAGAUUGAUGAUCAAGGGAUGGACACUGAAGAAGAUCUUGCCAGCUUUUGGGAUUUGUGGAAUCUAGAUUAAGGUUUCAAGAAUUGAGGAUUUUCUUUUUUAUCAA